AGCGCCCAGGAGAAUAAAAUGAUGAGGACCAAGAAGCUAUUAGGAUAACGUUCUUCCAAGCUAACCGCUCUAUCAGUUUGUUGAAUGGGAUUUGGGUUCGUGUUUUUUUAGAUUUUGUUGAUCUAUUUUUUUGAUCUAUGUUUUUUUUUCACUCACUUGAUCAGAAUUUGUUCGAGAACCACAAUUUUGACGUUAAAAAUAGGUUCAGAAAUCUGGUUGAACACCUUCGACAUUUGUUUAAUAUUGGCACUACUGUCUCAAAGUACACGUUAAAGGCAUUCACGGGACCUCGAAUUAAACAUUUCAAAUCCAUCAGUCAAUCAUUUUACGCGUAUAAUUUCAAAGCUUUGAAAGAACUACCAGAUAAUCAAGAAUGUGAAU